UAUCACUCCCAGAGGUGAUCUCUAACAUUCAGAGUCUGGACACACAGGCAGACAGCAAGAAAAGCUCAGUAAAGUUUUGGACAGUGCAACCCCGAGCGGUGUGAUGAGAGAUGGCUUUAGGAAACAACACCCAGCGAAGUUAUUCCAUCAUCCCGUGCUUCAUCUUUGUCGAACUUGUCAUCAUGGCUGGGACUGUUCUGCUCGCCUACUACUUCGAGUGCACUGAUACUUUUCAGGUGCAUAUCCAGGGUUUCUUCUGUCAGGACGGAGAGCUGAUGAAGCCUUACCCAGGAACAGAGGAAGAGAGCUUUAUUUCCCCUCUUGUGCUGUAUUGUGUGCUGGCUUCAACCCCAACAGCUAUUAUUUUCAUUGGUGAGAUAUCCAUGUAUUUCAUAAAGUCAACCCGAGAAACCCUGAUUGUCCAGGAGAAAACAAUUUUGACUGGAGAAUGCUGCUACCUGAACCCAUUACUUCGAAGAAUCAUAAGGUUUAUAGGAGUGUUUGCAUUUGGACUUUUUGCCACUGACAUAUUUGUAAAUGCUGGCCAGGUAGUGACUGGGAACUUGGCUCCAUACUUUCUCACGGUGUGUAAACCCAACUACACAGGAAAUGACUGCCGGGCUCACCAUCAGUUCAUAAACAAUGGGAAUAUCUGCACUGGGGACGUGGAGGUGAUAGAAAAGGCGAGGAGAUCCUUUCCAUCCAAACAUGCUGCUUUGAGCAUUUACUCAGCCUUAUACGCCACGAUGUACAUCACAAGCACAAUUAAAACAAAGAGCAGCAGGCUAGCAAAACCUGUCCUGUGUCUGGGAACCCUCUGUGCUGCCUUCCUGACUGGGCUAAAUCGCGUUUCUGAGUAUCGAAACCACUGUUCGGAUGUGAUUGCAGGCUUCAUCCUGGGAAGUGCGGUGGCUUUGUUUCUGGGAAUAUGUGUUGUCCAUAACUUUAGAGGAACACAUGGAGCUCCUUCUAAACCGAAGCCUGAAGACCCACGAGGAGUUCCCCUCAUGGCGUUUCCCAGGGUGGAAAGUCCUCUAGAGACGUUGAGUGCCCAGAAUCACUCUGCCUCUAUGACUGAAGUAACCUGAGAUGGAAGGUGGCGACAGAAGCUAUUUUUAUUACCCUCCAGUACAAUACUCCAAGACACACAGUUACUAAAUGUCAGACUGUGACGACCAGUAUUAUGUUAUGUCUAGUUAGAGGCUGAUGUUUUUGUACAUUUUUUGUAUGAGGAAGUGAUGUAGCUUGCCCUGAUUUUUUGUCAGCUUUAAUAUAUUUAUGCCAGAAUUUAAAAACAAAAACUACAAAAACUACAAAAAAACCCUAAACCCUUUUCUUGUUUAAAGCGUGCACUGAGGAACUACAUCUAUGGAAUUGUUGAUGUUGUUAUGUGAUAUUUGUACACAAACUUUUUUUCUUUUUGGUUUUAUAUACAUUGAAAUAAAAAUAAUUCUAAUAAUUCCCCUUUACCUUUUGUUACCAUAAGGAAUGCUUUUGACAAAGGACCAGAUUCUGGUCUCAGCAGCCUUGGUGUAAAUCUGAAAAA